GGUUCGUAGGCCGUAGCUAACUGAAGAAGCUUGGAACACCUGAGUUAACGAGAGAGUUCAUCACCGAAAUCAUCUCAGGGAAAUGGCCGCCAUCUUAGCUCGCAAGUCUAUCUCCGCUCUUCGUUAUCGAAACCUUGUUGUGGCAGGACAAGCCUUGCAGGGCCCUAACUUCCAUGGGACGAUUUCUGGUGCACGCUCAUUUGCAACCAAGCACUCAUUUUCAACCGAUAAAGAUGAUGAAGAAAGAGAAAAGCUUGCAAAGGAGAUAUCAAAAGACUGGAGUUCUGUUUUCGAGCGGAGCAUUAAUACCUUAUUUCUAACUGAGUUAGUUCGAGGUCUGUCUCUGACACUCAAAUACUUCUUUGAGCCAAAAGUUACUAUCAAUUAUCCAUUUGAGAAGGGUCCUUUAAGCCCUCGUUUUCGAGGAGAACAUGCCCUUCGACGUUAUCCAACUGGAGAGGAGCGUUGUAUUGCCUGUAAAAUUUGUGAAGCUAUAUGCCCAGCUCAAGCUAUCACUAUAGAAGCAGAGGAACGAGAAGAUGGCAGUCGCAGAACAACAAGGUACGACAUUGAUAUGACAAAGUGUAUAUACUGUGGAUUUUGCCAAGAAGCAUGCCCGGUUGAUGCAAUCGUGGAAGGACCCAACUUUGAGUUCGCCACCGAAACUCACGAGGAACUCCUAUAUGAUAAGGAGAAGCUGCUUGAAAAUGGGGAUCGGUGGGAAACCGAGAUCGCUGAGAAUCUUAGAUCCGAGAGCCUCUAUCGGUAAAUUUGUUUUUUUUUCGUGUAACCUCCCUUCUUUUGUGACAGAUGAGAUAAAUAAACAGACGAUGUUUGGUCAUAAAGUUCAUAGACUUUGUUAUUUAUGUAUAAUUCGAUGAGAAACUGGAUUUAUCCAUGUUUAUGAAAUUUGUCCUGUUUUGAUUUUGUU